UCUAAAGAAUAAAAGUGUAAAAUCUUAUUUUAGGAAAUGUCCUAAAUGAAUAGCCAGUAUAUCAGUCAGCUGAUAAACAAAAAUAUAGCUCCACUUGUGUGUUUUGUGCUGCAAAGGGUCAGAAUGUCCUUAGAAAACACUCUGAGAAGCUUUCAUGUAACUCCAGGAUGUGUGGGAAGGUAUCAAGAAAAUAAAACAGGGAAGCUCAGGAAUGUUGGGACACACUAAAGAGUAAAUGCUGCACCUGAAUAAAAAAAUACUGCUGAGAAGAAACAAUGGAGGACAUGAGCUUUAGCUUCAGUCACAACAAUAAUGCAGAUUGGACUGUAAACGUCUUUGUGAAGGUUCAUUAAAAACCAACAUGGCCUUUCAUUAGUAAGUUACAGCGCUUCUACAUGUGGGAAAUGUUAUACUUUUUUUUAUGCUUCCAGUAAAUGCUAGUGUGUCUUGCAGCACACUGGAGAGUAUUUAUCAGAUUAAAACUUCAAAUAAAUGUGCUCGCUUCAUUUCCCUCACUGCAUUGCCCCACGUGUUGUAGCAGCUGUCUGCAGAUGGAGGUCAUUUCUAAUGAGUUACACAUGACUGUUCGACCAGUUCCACCACACUUGAUUCUAAUACCUCAAAUCAGUUUCCAAGGAAAAGAGCUGGAUCGGUGUCGCCGUGCCAGUUAUUGCAACGCGUUUUUGCUGUUUAGAGAAGUACAGGAAACCAAAGGCUCGCAGUGGUAAUUCUCUUGUGCAGUAACAUUAGCCAAAAAAAAGAAAAAACUGGAUGGAAACUUUCAUUACAGCUCCCCUUUUUUCUGGUUUCUCUGAGUGUCCGUGGAAAGCAUUCGUGGCAUUUAGUCUGUCUGUGGACUCUUUGUUAAAAUGAUGAGUUCGUUUAACACGCUCUGAUUGCUUUCGGCUGUCGGAACAAACAGAAGUGGAGACCAAAAUCAUACAGGCAGGGAACAAAAAAAAUCACUAGCUUGUAAGAUUUAUUGGGUUUCAAUCUGCCCUCAGUGCAGUAGAUCCGUGGGAAGGAAACAUAUACUAUUUUAGUUUUUACUCAAUACUGAUGUGUUUAAGCUUGUGAGCUGUCACGUCGCUGCAGGUGACCAUUUUACAGCCAUAAAUAUCCCAAACACCUGAAUUCAAUUAGCAAGAGCAUUUACACAAACCACCCCCAGAUGGAGAACUCCUCCUCUGUUUACUGCAAACACAUGUUCCUGAUCACAUACACAAAUGAACUUUAGUCUCCUCCUACUCUUUCACACACCCACACCUUCUUUUACUUCCAGCCUCUCUGUAGAUGAGUUAAAGUUGCCUGCAACUUUACGCGGAAACAAGAGGGGGAAAGCAGGCCGACAGAAAUCAUGUUUGGAAGUGCUGGGGAGGUACUGUAGGGGGAGCACAGGUCAGAAAGAGGCUGCUUUUUUUUUCGGGAUAAACAAAGAAGUGUUUAGGGAUGGGAAUGUGAAAUAGGUUGGGUGGGGCAUUGGUUGUGCGGCUAUUCAGGAACAGGUUGAACUGGUUUCCGACCAAACUACUUGAUUCUCCCCUUACUCAGUCAUUUGUGGCAGCAGAUAGCAAAGGUGGAUGAAGUGAACCAGAUAAAGAAGGAGAAACAUUUUCUUUUGCCCAGGAAGGAAUUUCAACAUGCCUGAGGGUGGAGAAUAUUAUGGAAAGAACGGUGAGCCCAGGAAGCAUGACCCGAGCUUCAGGGGCCCAAUCCAGAACAGGGGCUGCACAGACAUUGUUUGCUGCAUUCUGUUCAUUAUUGCCAUACUUGGUUACAUUGCAGUGGGAAUACUUGCCUGGUCCCAGGGUGACCCAAGAAAGGUGAUCUACCCCACAGACAGCCGAGGACAGUUCUGUGGGCAGGCUGGCACUCCACUCGAGAAGAAGCCCUUUUUGUUCUACUUCAACAUCAUGAAGUGUGCCAGUCCCAUGGUGCUGCUGGAGUUCCAGUGCCCAACCACACAGAUGUGUGUGGAGAAGUGCCCUGAUAAGUUCAUGACAUUAAUCAAAGCAUACGCUGUCAAUAGUGACUUUGCCUACUAUAAAAACUUCUGCGAAGAAGGAGUGACCAACACAAUGGGUGUUGCAGAAAUCCUUAAGCAACGUCUCUGUCCUGCAAUGCUGCUUCCCAGCAAACCCUUCACCCGCAGGUGCUUCCCAGCUUUGGGCAUGAAAGGAGGGGUGAUAACUGUGGGAAACAGCUCCACAUUUAAUGAUGGAAAUGAAAUUAGAAACGCCCAAGACCUUGUUGCUGGUGUACAGAAUGCCACUGUGGUAAUGGAAGCUCGUCAGGUGGUGAUGAAAAUCUUUGAGGAUUUCACACAUUGCUGGUACUGGAUCCUCUUGGGAUUGGUUAUAGCCAUGAUCAUCAGCCUCGUCUUCCUCAUCCUCCUCCGCUUCCUGGCAGGGAUCAUGGUCUGGGUCAUGAUUGCCAUGUUGGUAGCGGUAAUAGGCUAUGGUAUCUUCCAUUGCUACAUGGAGUAUGCAGCCCUGAAAGGAGAGGCCGGCGCUAAUGUGACUAUCAAGGAUCUGGGCUUCCAGACAGAUUUCACAGUCUACCUGCAAAUUAGACAGACCUGGCUGGCCUUCAUUAUUAUUCUAGCCAUUGUGGAGGUCAUCAUCAUUUUGCUGCUCAUCUUCCUUUGGAAGAGGAUCCUCAUUGCCAUUGCUCUUAUUAAAGAAGCCAGCAGAGCAAUUGGACAUAUGUUGUGUUCCCUUUUCUACCCACUGUUUACAUUCCUCCUCCUGGCUGUGGUCAUUGCCUACUGGGGAGUAACUGCUGUUUUCUUGUCCACGUCCAAUCAGCCUAUCUACAAAAUCUUCAAUGAGACAAAUUGUGACUACUCAAGACAAACGUGUGACCCGGCUAACUACUCGACGAGUCCCAUGAAAGCCCAGUGUGCUGACUCAAAGUGCCUUUUUGCUUUCUACGGUGGAGAGACCCCUUACCACAAAUACCUAAUUGCCCUGCAGUUCUACAACGUCUUCCUCUUCUUUUGGUGUGCCAAUUUUGUCUUGGGACUAGGACAGAUGACCCUAGCCGGGGCGUUUGCUUCUUACUACUGGGCUGCCAAAAAGCCAGAUGACAUUCCUGCUUUCCCAGUGUUUUCUUCUCUUGGGAGAUCUCUCAGGUAUCACACAGGGACUCUGGCGUUUGGCUCCCUUAUCCUCUCCAUCAUCCAGAUCAUCAGGGUUUUGCUGGAGUAUCUGGACCACAAGCUAAAAGGAGCCCAAAAUAAGUUUGCAAAGUUCCUGUUGUGCUGUCUGAAGUGCUGUUUCUGGUGUCUGGAGAAAUUUGUCAAGUUCCUGAACAGAAAUGCGUAUAUUAUGUCGGCGAUCUAUGGGAAAAACUUUUGCACCUCUGCCAGAGACGCCUUCUUCCUCCUCAUGAGGAAUGUGAUCAGGGUGGCUGUGCUGGAUAAAGUGACAGAUUUCAUUUUAUUUUUGGGCAAACUGCUCAUUGUUGGGCUUCUGGGGGUCUUUUCCUUCUUCUUCUUCUUCUCUGGGAGAGUGAAAGCCUUUCAGAAUACAGCUCCAACCCUGAACUACUACUGGGUACCCAUCCUGACUAUGGUGGUUUGCUCAUACCUCAUCGCCCAUGCAUUCUUCAGCGUGUACUCCAUGUGCGUGGACACUCUGUUCCUGUGUUUCUGUGAAGACCUGGAGCGCAAUGACGGCUCAGCUGCGAGGCCUUAUUACAUGUCGCCAAGUCUUCGUGAGAUUCUGUGGAAGAACAAGGAGGAGGAUCCAUCUGAGCCCUCCGCUCAGCAGCAGCAGCAACACGAUGAAGACACCCAGCUGAAACAGGAGGCUCAGGAGGAGGACACGGCUUAGAGAGGAGUUUGUGGGGGGAAAAACUCAGAUUUUCCACUUAAUUACAGGCAGAGCAAAAUCCAGAAAGUCUUUUUAUUUUGAACCCUUUCAAAGUAUGAGCUGGGACUCUGUCAUCUGCUCCCUUAACUUCUCUCAGAUACUAGUACAGCUACAAAACACCACGCCUUAAAAUUGCAGGGAUUCAGCAUUUUGCUUUAGUCCACUUUGUGCAGAUGCAACCCUGCAAGUUUCAAAAUGAAUGAAGGAAGUUUUUCAGUUCAGAGUGAUUUCAGCAUCCUCCUGAGGUAAUAGGACGUUGAACGUUCCCUAAAUGGAUUAUCUAGGCUUGGUUUCGUUUGCCUCUGGUGGUCUUUAAACUGUUACAUCCGACACUAAGUAGCGUUUUAUACAGCAGCGGAUACCACGUUGUCUGCAGUAGAAUUUCACAAACUCACAGCAAAUACUGUCGAAUACUAUUUGUUAUAUUUAGAAAACACAUUUAAGAGUAAAGCACGUGGCUUCAUUUUUUUAGUGGUUCUUUUACUCGCAAGGCAUCACCACAGCGAUCCAAUCUGCAUAUUUGAUCUUGUGGAUUUUGACACUGGAUGCCCUUCCUGAUGUAACCCUGCUAGGAAUUUGUCUCCUCCCCAACUGGUGAUCUUUUGCUUGUUAGGCAAAUAUUUUAACCAAAAGUAAAGUAGACUGCCUAAAAGUAAGCCUAAAGCAUGGAUUGUUGCUAGGAAAUAAUAGUAAUAAUAAAUCGAACACAAAAACAAACAAAAUCACACUACUGUAGUACAGUAUAGGACAAGAAAACUCUGGUUACAGCUGGUAACCAAACCCUGUAGAAGCUAUAACCAGAGUCUUUUAAACAAACUACUUUCUUAUGUAAUAGGGUAGUUUAAUAGAGUUGCAUUUGUGUCUUAAACCUGCUUUUAUCCUAGCGGCAAGUAGGGGGCGGCGACUCAAGUUAUAUGGAAGUCUGUGGGAAAACAAGCCUACUACUUACUAUAUUUAUGACCUCAGUAAAUGCAAUCCUCAAACUGAUGAUGUCAUCAGUGGCUAGUGUGAUAUCAUGAGUACAGAAAAAUGAUUAAACUACUAAUUAUGGUCCAAGUUACUCUAACAGACUUGAAGAGAUCCACCCUCACACUUCAUAUCUUGUUAAAAAAACAAACAAACAAACAUUAUACGAUGGGAAGGGCCAAAAGUUGGGGUUCCAAAAACCAAAAGGUGAUGUCAUAGUGGCCAUGCUCGUGUUUUAUAUACAGUUUGUGAUUGUUUCUAAAAUAAUUCAAAUAAAUCAGCACAACAGACAUUAUUCGUCACUAUGGAGGUGGGGCUUAGCGAAGGGUCAACUUCAGCAAACAGAAGGGCUUUACAGCAGGCAGGAGUUUGGUAUGUGUUUAAUUGUUGUAUGAAUUUUGUGAUACGAGUGAUGUCACCUCACACUCAGAGAUUUAUUGACACUCGCUUCAUCCUGUUUAGCGUGCUGAAAGCUGGCAGAUGUUUUAUGGCUAUUGAAAAUGUGAAACUUCAGUGAACAUCUGGGUAAAUGGCUCCCUAUGAGGUGACUUCAUAUUUCUAACUCGGCGUUGCCUCCAUAAAACAUGCUCGCACUGCCACUAGCUAAUAGAAACUUGAAGCCAAUCAUGUGCCUAAUUGACAGCAUUAUUAAUGUUUUGCACAUUAGUGUUUACAGUUGAUGCAAACAGAAUCUUUUUUUAAUACACUCAGUGAAGCACUUUAAUCUAUGUUCACUCUAAGCCAUAACACAUUUGUCUGUUUAAUGAAUGCUGGUGAGUCUUUUAGUCGUGCAAUUUUUGUUUUGGUUUUUUAAACUGUAAAUUAGCGUAGCUUUGCCUUUUAAAAUAUUUUUUUAAUGACUGUGUGUUUUGCAGUGCAGUUGGUUUAAUAAACACAAUUUAACCAGUGAUAUCUGUUUAAUUAAAAAAACGGAUGCUUUUUUUUGUUUUGUUUGUUUGUUUGUUUGUUUGUUUGUUUUUGCAGAACUGAAAGGUUUUCAUUCAGAUUUCCUACCUGUCAAUAUACAUUGCAAAAUCUAAUGCUCAUUUAAACUUAUGCCAAGUCCUCGAAAGCAUGGUUUAAUGUCCUUUUCUUUGACCUCUUUCUAGUGGAGGAUUUGGAGAGGAAUGACGGCAGCCCGGAGAGGCCCUACAUGAUGUCCGAGAACCUCCUCAAAAUCCUGAAAAAGAA